GCAUGAAACCAAGCUUAAGUUGUGUUGCUAAUCUCCAACACUAAUAACAAUGAAAGGAGUCGUGUUCUGCUUGAUUUCGCUCUUCCUUGUUUUCAUAGAAGGCCGCGUGGCCCAAAAGAAGACCCUCAAGGUCCAAAGCACAUGCAAGCGGCUCGUGCUCUAUUACCAUGAGGUGCUGUUCAACGGCACGAAAGUGGCGAACGCGACAUCUGCCACGGCCGCAAACGCGACCGAGCUCGACAACUUCAAGUUCGGCAAGUUGGUAGUCUUCGACGAUCCCAUGACAAAGGACCACCACCUUCUCUCCCCUCCGGUGGCACGUGCACAAGGCUUCUAUUUCUACGACAUGAAGAAAACAUACAACGCAUGGUUUGCGUACACACUACUGUUUAACUCGAGCGAGUACAAGGGGACCAUUAACCUCAUGGGUGCAGACAUGAUGGAUCAAGAGACCAGGGACAUCUCGGUCGUCGGUGAAACUGGGGACUUCUUCAUGGCUAGAGGGAUCGCCACCCUCCGGACGGAUACCUUUCAAGCGGCAGGAUACUUCCGUCUCCAGAUGGACGUCAAGUUGUACGAAUGCUACUAGAUGAUGAUCGUCGUUCUUUGAUUGGUGGUGGGCCACUUACGUUUUGUUUUUUUUUUUUUUCAGUGAAGUGGAAUUGAUGGGCCCUGAUGCUGAUGCACCAAAACAUGAAGAGUAUCCUGAUGCGCUCAUUUUGUACCAAAGAGGACGAUGGAUCAAUGAUCCGGACCAUUGAUUAGGUGGCCUUAUGAUAGAUGGGGAGCCCCAGAAAUCUUACAGAGUGGAAGAUCAUGACCAUCCAAUCUGAAGGAAGGGUUAGGCUCUUCCAGUCUAGGAGAUUUUUCACUCCCAUGUAUCUUCGGGCCCAUCAGAACGACGGUCAGGAUAACGAACCGUGGGCCCUAGUUAUGAGUGCAUCAUGACACUACAAUUCCCCUUUAGUUAUCAGGAGUGUGUGUUUGCUCUGAGAAAAAUAAUGUGAAUUAAACCCUAGUCUUCAGACAGUAAUAAAAUCCAUGCAUGUAUUAUGCAAACGCGUACUCAAUAUCUGAAGCGGCUGCUCGUGAAUUCAAUAUUACUAA